UGUAGACAAGUGCGUGGACAUUAAUGAAUCACGGUCUUCGGGCAAAUGGCCGCUUGUAUGUGACGCUUUUGCUUGGUGCCGGAGUCUUGCUCUUAUUUUUCUCCGUGUGCAGUCGGUGACGGUUGCUCUAGCGCUUAGCAUCGCAACAUAACCAUGUGGGAAGAACUGGUCAAUGGGGUCUAAUCGAGUAUUCGACUCGCCUGAAGAAAAGCAUGACCGUGUGUGCUGCGUACGGCUGCAAGAAUCGUUUGUCUAAAGGAUGUGGAAAGCACUUCUUCAGGUUUCCCAUUAAAAAUCCCGAGAAGCUCUCCAAAUGGAUUGCUGCGGUCCGCCGGCAGAGUUGGAGUCCUACGAUUUACAGUAGACUCUGUAGCGAUCACUUUACGGAGGCCGAUUACAUGCUUCGCCCGGGGGCAUCGAGUCCUUAUCUCCGGACGGACGCCGUGCCGUCUAUCUUCCCCGGCUUUCCGCCUUCUUUAAAGACUUCAACCAAGAAAAAGAGAAACGAGAAAAUCCUUGCAGCCGAGCCUUUCAUUAUCGUACCGGAACCGCCAGCGCCGGUCCGAGAGCCGAAGCCAGCGGAGCCGACGCUCGCGUCCACCGACCACACUUACUCUGCUGUAUCGAACGAUAAAGAGAACGCUGUCCCUGCUCCUGCUGUAAGUCCCGCCACCAUCAAAAUGCGCAAGAAAAUAAAAAGACUCCAGAAACAAGUACUUCGGCAAAGAAACAAAAUAAAGACCAUGAAAUUAUUAUUAAGUCAAUUGAGAAAAGAUCUGGCCGAUUCGGAGCAUCCUAUAUAUUAUUUUAUCCCUUCGGCUGACUUUCAGUAGGGUUGUUUGGCAUCUGAUCGGGUUCUAGAAGCGCAGGCUCCGGUAUUCUAAUGGGAGGUUUGUAAACUUUGCCAUUCUGUUUUCUAGCUGAUGUCGGUAGAGGGUAAAAAGCUCUAUACUUUAACACAAUCCAAGGCUUUACACCGCAGGGUUGGGUGUCCUUGAGCAGCAGCAGCGUUUCUCUGGGGGAAGUCGGGAGUCUGGUUCCUGGCACGUUAAGGCUCCGCAGUGACCUGCAGCGGCACAGUCUUGCCUGGUGUUCAGGGCCAUUCUUGGCACGUGUCCCGGUAGCUGGGGCCGUGUGACCCAGUGCUUGGAUCUGAUGGGCGUGCGGUGGAUGGAUUUGCCGUACGGAGUUACAAGAGGUCUCGCUGGGGGAGGGCCAGAAAGCAUUGACUGUCUUCAACGAAGCAGGAAGCUGCCGUCUGUAAACAAGCUUGUGCAUAUUUAACACUUUGCUUCCCAAGUGUUUGGGACACAUCACCCAGAAUGAUAAAUCCCAUUCAUUCCAAGUCAGGAAAA